GCUGGUCUAUGGGGAGAGCGGCCGCUCCUGGCUGUAGCGGGCUGGUGUCCCUGAUCUCCGCUGUGCCUUGGUGAGCUCUGGCGCCAGAGACAUGAGUAAUUCGGGCUCCGUCCUCCCGGGCACCACAGCCGCCCCCGGACCUGACACCUACAAAGGCUGGCUCUUCAAAUGGACUAACUAUCUGAAGGGGUAUCAGAGACGCUGGUUUGUGUUAAGCAAUGGUCUGCUGUCUUAUUACAGGACACAGGCUGAAAUGGGCCACACGUGCCGAGGAACCAUUAACUUGUCUACAGCUCAUAUUGAUACAGAAGAUUCAUGUAACAUUGUUCUGUCCAAUGGUGGCCGAACAUAUCAUCUCAAGGCAAGCUGCGAAGUGGAGAGACAGAGAUGGGUCACAGCUUUGGAAUUGGCCAAAGCCAAAGCCGUCCGCAUGAUGAACAACCAGUCAGAUGACUCUGGGGAUGAUGAACCAAGUUCACAGUCUGACAAGAGCGAGUUGCACAGCUCCCUGAAGUCUCUGACCAAUAAGCUAGAUGACCUCAGUACGUGCAAUGACCUCAUUGCCAAGCAUGGAGCAGCACUGCAGCGCUCCCUGAGUGAGCUGGAGAACCUGAAAUUGCCAGCAGAGAGCAGUGAGAAGAUCAAAUCUGUGAAUGAAAGGGCCACUCUCUUCAGGAUCACUUCAAAUGCGAUGAUCAAUGCAUGCCGCGAUUUCUUGGAAUUAGCAGAAUCCCAUAGUCGUAAAUGGCAUCGUGCUUUGCAGUAUGAGCGUGAGCAGCGAGUUCGUUUGGAAGAGACUAUCGAGCAACUAGCAAAACAGCAUAAUAGCCUUGAAAGAGCCUGCCGAGGAGCCCCUGGUCUGUCUUCUAACUCUACAGGAAAUCCCAGUGCUGUAAAAGGGAGUGUACAAGCUGUGAAAGGGGAGGCCAGUGAUGAAGAUGAGGAGACAGAGUAUUUUGAUGCCAUGGAGGACGCACCAGCCUUUAUCACAGUAACAACUGACCCCAAACAGCACAGGCGUUCUGGUAGCAAUCUGAGCAGUGCAAGUGGAGGCCACCCCGAUGAUUGGCAUCUAGAAGACAACGUAUUCUAUAGCUCACAUGAAAGCAGCUACUAUGACUCUAAACGCAAAGAUCUCUUACCUAGAAAAAGGAGGAGGACCCGAAUUCCAGACAAACCAAACUACAGCCUUAAUCUCUGGAGUAUAAUGAAAAACUGCAUAGGAAAAGAGCUAUCCAAGAUCCCCAUGCCUGUCAAUUUCAAUGAGCCGCUCUCCAUGCUGCAGAGACUCACUGAAGACUUGGAGUACCACGAGCUGCUGGACAAGGCAGUCAAAUGUGACAAUUCUAUAGAACAGAUGUGCUUUGUUGCAGCCUUCUCUGUGUCUUCCUAUUCCACCACAGUCCACCGAACAGCAAAACCAUUCAAUCCUUUAUUAGGAGAAACAUUUGAACUUGACCGAUUAGAAGAUUUAGGGUUCCGGUCGAUAUGUGAACAGGUCAGUCAUCACCCUCCAGCUGCUGCUCAUCAUGUACACUCCAAGAAUGGAUGGAGCCUGUGGCAGGAAAUCACCAUUGCCAGCAAAUUCAGGGGCAAAUACCUCUCUAUUAUGCCAUUAGGGGAUAUACACUUGGAGUUUCUUUCCAGUGGGAACCAUUAUGUGUGGAAGAAGGUCACCUCCACAGUGCACAACAUCAUUGUAGGCAAGCUUUGGAUAGACCAGUCUGGAGAAAUAGAGAUUACAAAUUAUAAAACCAAGGACAAAUGCCAGCUGAAAUUUACCCCAUACAGCUACUUCUCAAGAGACAUUGCAAGAAAGGUUACUGGGGUUGUGACAGAUGCAAAUGGAAAAGCACAUUAUGUCCUAUCUGGAACAUGGGAUGAAAAGAUGGAAUGUGCAAAGAUUGUGCAGAGCAGUCAAGGCAAUGGCAGCACCGAAGGGAAACAGAAGACAGUGUACCAGACUCUCCCUCCAAAACUGCUAUGGAAAAAAUACCCCCUACCCGAGAAUGCAGAAAAUAUGUAUUUCUUCUCUGAACUUGCCCUUACACUAAAUGAACCUGAUGACAGCACUGCCCCUACGGAUAGCCGGCAUCGGCCAGACCAGCGAUUAAUGGAGAAUGGCAAGUGGGAUGAGGCCAAUGUGGAGAAGCAGCGGCUAGAGGAGAAACAGAGGGCUGUUCGAAGGAGGAGAGAGGCAGAGGCGGUGGAGGCUUUAGAAGAAGGCAAUGACUAUGAAGGAUAUCAGCCAUUGUGGUUUGAGAGGAAGGUCAAUCCAUACACCAAUGAGCUCAUGUGUGUUUAUAAAGGAGGAUACUGGGAGUCCAAGGAAAAGCAAGACUGGUCUAAAUGUCCUGAUAUUUUCUGACAGAGCCCGGGACAACACAAGCUUACAGAUCUCGCCGCCCUCAAUGUGGUGGCUGCAUACACCAGGCUAAGACUCUUCAACGCUCAGGAACAGGCACCAAGGGCCGACUUCCAAUGUGAACCAAGCAGAAAUACAAACCAAAACACAUGCCAAAAUAGCCACAUCUGAGCGGGAAAAUCAGAGGGGUACAGGGAUCUGAAGCGUAUUUUCUAAAGAUUUUUGUUUUACAAAAUUGGAAUUUCUUUUUUUAUCAACUAAUAAGAGUUGGGAAUAAGAAUAUUUAUUUUAACAUUUGCUAUAUAAACACGUACAUACGUCAGUGUAUAAAUAUAUAUAUAUCUAGGACUGGGCUUUGUUCAGUAAGGGUUUCCUCUCGUACGUACAAUCUUAGACUCUGAGCAAAGCUUAGGAAAUGAAGGUACUCUUAGCUAUAUUAUUUAUUUCUGUACAUUAGAUGCAUAUGUAUAUUCUUGUUAACAAAUUAUAAUAUGCUUUUAAUUAUGGGCAGGGUGGAAAUCACAGAUUCUGAUGGCCACUUGUACAGUUCUUGAAAACUUAGUACACUAAAUGAUGGGUCUGGUGUUACAAAUAGGAUCACUGUGUAAUAACAUCACUUUAUUUUUUAAUUUACUAGUGCACUUUUAUUGACACUUUUCCAAAGAUUUUCCCUCUGUUACUAGGCAAUUCUGUCCAUGCUCUAACUAGAAUAAGGUGAAAUGGUGUCCCAUAGGACAUCACUACCUUGUAAGCCUGGGCCAUAAUGACUGGUUAGUCAACUAUUUCAUUGCAUUGCAUGGGUUUAUCUCAAGGCAUUGUUCCGACUUUACUCUUUUUUCUUUAUUUGGUAGUGGUGAGUAUAAAUGUUGUAUAACCUAGGCCUUGGGCACACCGCCUUAGUUGUAGAAAUGCAUAAUAUGAUGCUAUAUUAUGCAGGUGUUCUUCACUAGAGACAUUAGGGGAGAUUUAUUAAUGCUUGUUAAAAAGUCACAAAUUAUGGAGCACACCAUAUUUGUGCCAUGAUUUGCUACUUUUGGCGCUUCUUGCCACUUUUCUAAACCGGCAAGGAGAGAGUAUGUGGCUUAGCGGAGCCUCUGCUGCCCACUAGAUUUACAAACCGGCAUAAGUUAUAGCUCAAUUCUUCGUCAGCUGGCAUAGGUUUGAGUUUCUGGAGCACGCGGCUAGGGAUGUUCCUGAUUUAUUAAGAGACAUGUGCACAUCUUAUUCCAGUGCACAGUGGAUCAAGACUGGAGUAUAGGAAUGCCAGUUUUGAUAAAUCUCCCCCAUUGUUUCUCGGAGAGGUUACAAUGCUACCAUAUAGCAGCAGAGUAGUUACACUGCACCGUAGUGUAUGUAAAAGGUAUGCACCCGGAGGACUUCCUUACAGUGUAUGCCACUACAUACAGUGGCAUAAGUUGGCCGUAGGCUUUCAUGUUAAAACAUAUACUGCAAGGUAUCCAGGUUUUAAACUCUUUUCCUCAACUAAGCUAAAUCAUACAGCAAAAAAGGUAUGCCAUAGUAUACCAGCCAAAUAGAAGAGAAAAAGACAUUCUGUCAAGGGGACCAGGGCCUAUGAAUACAUUUGACGUAUGCGCUGAAAGCUUUCCCAGCAGAUAGGCUAAGUGUACACUGGAGAGAAUAUGCACCCUAGCAAGGAUCCAUACAGACUGUCUUCCAUCAUACAGGGUCCACCCAUGGCUUUUCUGUUUGCAUGAGGACUUAGUCCAGACACUGUGUAUCUCCUAAACAUCAGAUAAAUUAAUAUUAAUUUCUUGCUUAGAAGGUGCUAUUGUAAGGACAGUGACCAGCAGUCUAGAUACAGUAUAACUGUCUUACUCGUAUUCUUACUCAUCCUCAAGUAUCCAAUAUGAUUUAUGGAUACUGAUAGAACAUAAGUACAUUUUUCUUUAAAUUAUUGAAGUCAUGAGGCCGUGGACCUCUGAGUUGACAGUGGUGCUCAGUCCCUUUGGGGCUGAAUGAUUACUCAUCAUUUGCAAUUUAUAAAUCAUUGGGGUCUGUUAAUGGAAAGCCAAUCCAACCAAGAGCGAUAUACAGGAGACUGAAGACAGUUCUAACCAAGCAGAACAUUAAAUCCCAUUACAAUACACUCGAUGCGCUACCUAUACAUUCCACUUAAAGGGUUUAUCCGAAUUCUAAAAGAUCCCCUCCAAGGCCCAGGCCCCUUGUAUACAUUACACUUACCUGCUCCCUGGCACCCUCGUUGCUCCAGAUCCCUGCAAGGCAGCUGCUGCAUCUCCCCUUUGCGCGGAUCAAAACAUCCGGGACUGAGUGGAGCAACUAAUAGCAGGCCGUGACGAGUCCCCUUGAGGUUGGUCACCAUCGCAGUCUGCUAAUGGCUGCACCCCCGUCACCGGAUGUUUUGAUCCGCGUGACAGCGAAAUGCAGCGGCGGCCAUGCAGGAAUCCGGAGCAAUGCGGGUGCCGGGGAGCAGAUAAGUAUAAUGUAUAUGAGGGGCCCGGGCAUUUGGGGGAAUCUUUCAGAAUUUCGAUAACCCUUUUAUCGAUUUGGUUUCUUUUUUUUGUUCUUUUAUUUUUAACAGGUAUAAGAAACAACCAAAAAAUGGAUCCUGGUAAAGUCUAGUUUUUUCCAAUUGUCACGACCCAUUCAGAUGUAAUGUCACAUUAUUUUUAAGAACACCGUCUAAAUGCAGAAAAGUCAUUAUUAGGCUUGAGUAAAAAGAAUAAAUCAUUUUUAUAUCGGGUAUAUUAAAAGAAUCAAUUUACCUUUUUAUAUAGACAUCAUGGUGAGGUAGCUGCAGUGACUAUUGACAGCUCUUACGUUCAGUUUUAAUGUGUUAACUACUCUUUCUGUUACCUGUCUAGAAAUCACGGGGCUAUAAUCUACCCCAUAUGGUGUGUAAUACCUAGAGAAGUUUUAGACAUUUCACUAGAAAUUUUCUUCCUAGUAUUAUUGCUGCUGUAUAUUUAUAUAUCUAUAUAACAGUGUAAGGAUUGGUGAACAUGUAUAUAAAAUCAGGACUAUACUAGGGACUCUUAAAACAACAAGUUAGGGGUCUGUGGCAAACCUAAUUCUAGCACAGAACCAUGACCGGCAGUUCAUCCAAGAGCUGAAUGAAUGAAAGGGCAGAUCUGACUAUCGGAUAGCUAGUAAAUAAUACAUAUUGAGGGUCUUCCAACAAACAUCUCAGACAUGUAUCAGCCAGUUUCAUCUAGAAAUGCUGACAAUCUGUGAGCCUGGCUAAACCCUGACAUCUGCAAAUGGAGGUUAAUAAGGUUCUCACAGGUUGAAUUCCAAGGAGAUAAGAUGUUCAAAAAGGGUCAGGCAGCUGAUUAUCCCCCUCUCCUGUUAAGCGUGAGUUGGGUAUGCUAGCUGGCCAGUCGGUUGACAGCUCCAGGCUGUGUUCACACAUAUCUUUCCGAUGGCUCAUGUACACAAUCUUAGUAUGGCUCUGUACUGGCAGGGGACUGUAUUACAGAACCCAUACAAGUCUAUGGGAAGAUAUUGUAUCUCCAUAUGCUUCCAGUUUCAUAAGGAAUGUGAUAAAACAUGGCAUGCCUUAUCAGAUGCCUAUCACAAAGCCUACUAACAGAAAACUUCUUCUAUCCACUUUUACAUAAAGAAAAAGAAAACCGUGUGCGAUAGUGCCAGCGUGGAGUUGGUCUGAUGACUACAAUGCCGUGAGCUUCCUCACUUUAGCCAGUAGGUCAUAACUUUACCAAACACCUCCGGUGUAAAUGUAUUCAGACCAAUCUAUGACCAUUACACAGUAAGUUGCUGUCUGUACCUCACAUGUUUGGAGGAUCUGGAUACAGUAUAUCAU